UUUUCCUCUGGUUUGUGAAUAGAAUAGGAAGGCAAACGACGGUGUUCUUCCCUCCGACAGCGCCCCUCUCUUUCUCUGCCUUCCCCAGGAAGACGAGAUGAGGCGGCGCCACCGCCAAAAGAUGCGGGGGAGAUCCGAGGGCCGCGUCCGCCACCUUCUGCAGUCCUGCGAGAACAAGCACUCCACCGUGGAGGAGAUUGUGGAUUAUCCCCACAAACACCUUGCGUUUAACCAGACACCGCCGCAGCCCUUCACUGCUGACCUGAAGGUAUUAAAGUCGUCGUCGCCGCCUUCGCCUCCCCCGUCCAGCAAAAAGCGGAAACAGCAGCACCUGCAGCAUUCUCCUCCGCGACGGUCGAUUUUCCGGGACGAGAGCGACGACGCGGAGGAGGAGCUCGGCAGAGGGAACUCGACCAGAAAGAAGUCGAAGAAGUUCAGCCAGAGCGAGGAGAGAUUGCAGAGGAUGGAGGUGUCGCAUCUCAGGAGGAAGCAACAACAGAGCAAUCAGGACAGCGCGUCGACGGAUUCCAGUGACGCCGACGAUGAUGAGGAUGAAGAGAGUGAAGAGGGCGAAGCUGUAUCGACAUCCGAGGAUGUGAUUCACGAGCAAAAAGUUGAGCCGGAGCUCGACUUGACCAAGUCUUUGCCGCGGGCGAACUACAGUGGGUCGAAAGUAGCGAGAGAAGAGGACAAGGCUCCAAAGGAGAAGAACCUUGAAUUGGAUGUCGUUAACACUAAGCCUAAGAGGAAGAUCGAUACGAUGAAUGGCAGCAGUGACGUUAAGGGCGAAACAAAAGGGAAGGGCGGCCUCGGCUCUGCUUCAAACGAGAGUACCGUAACAAUGGAAGGGAAGGAAGGGACGAGGUUUCGGGAUUUAGGGGGGAUGAGGGAUGUGUUGGAGGAGCUGAAGAUGGAGGUGAUCGUGCCGCUGUAUCAUCCUCAGCUCCCGAGGACGCUCGGUGUGAGGCCAAUGGCGGGGAUAUUGUUGUAUGGUCCCCCUGGGUGUGGAAAGACCAAGUUAGCCCAUGCUAUAGCUAAUGAGACUGGUGUCCCCUUCUACAAGAUUUCUGCUACUGAGAUUGUCUCCGGUGUCUCGGGUGCAUCAGAGGAGAAUAUCCGAGACCUCUUUAUGAAAGCACAUAGAAAUGCACCAUCAAUUGUGUUUAUAGAUGAGAUCGACGCUAUUGCUUCUAAACAGGAAAAUCUGCAGAGAGAGAUGGAGCGUCGAAUCGUGACACAGUUAAUGACCUGCAUGGAUGAAUCUCAUAGACCCCUGAAAUCAUCAUCGUCUGAUAAAAGUGGAGACUCAGGGGAAUCUGAUACCAAGCCUGGCUAUGUUCUAGUAAUCGGUGCUACUAAUAGGCCCGAUGCAGUUGACCCCGCUUUGAGGAGACCUGGCCGAUUCGAUCGUGAGAUUGUCUUAGGUGUUCCUGAUGAGAGUGCAAGGGCCGAGAUUCUUUCUGUGUUAAUACGCAACCUAAAACUUGAGGGUUCCUUUGAUCUUCUGAAGAUUGCAAGGUCUACACCAGGGUUUGUUGGAGCUGACUUGGCAGCUCUGGCUAAUAAGGCUGGGAACCUUGCUAUGAAGAGAAUUAUUGAUCGAAGAAAGUUAGACUUCUCCAAAAGUUCAGUAGAUCGAGAUCACAUGGAUGAAUGGUGGCAACAGCCAUGGUUGCCUGAAGAGAUGGAAGAGCUUUCCAUCACCAUGGCCGAUUUUGAGGAUGCAGUGAAAAUGAUUCAACCGUCAUCUAGAAGGGAAGGAUUUUCUGCAAUUCCUAAUGUUAAAUGGGAAGAUGUGGGCGGCCUUGAUUCAUUGAGGCAGGCCUUCGAUCGAUAUAUAGUAAGGCAGAUAAAAUAUCCAGAGGAGUACGAGGAAUUUGGGGUGGACUUGGAGACCGGGUUUUUGCUUUUCGGGCCUCCAGGUUGUGGCAAAACACUCAUUGCCAAAGCAGUCGCUAAUGAGGCGGGAGCUAAUUUUAUUCAUAUAAAGGGCCCUGAACUUUUAAAUAAGUAUGUUGGAGAAAGCGAGUUGGCAGUUCGUACAUUAUUUAGUCGGGCUAGGACAUGCUCGCCAUGCAUUCUUUUCUUCGAUGAGGUAGAUGCACUUACAAAGCAGCGUGGUUCUGAGGGUGGAUGGGUUGUUGAGCGACUACUGAACCAGUUACUUAUAGAAUUAGAUGGCUCAGAUCAUCGACGAGGCGUGUUUGUAAUUGGCGCCACUAAUAGAAUUGAGGUGAUAGAUAGUGCCGUUUUACGACCUGGGAGGUUUGGGAAGCUUCAUUACGUUCGUUUGCCCAGCCAAGAAGAACGUGCCUUGAUCUUGAAAGCUCUUGGCAGGAAGAAACCUCUAGAUCCUGAUGUUGAUUUGAAUUCCAUUGCUCGAAUGGAGGCAUGCACGAAUCUCAGUGGUGCUGAUCUUGCUGCAUUGAUGAAUGAAGCUGCAAUGGUUGCUCUCGAAGAGAAGCUGACACCAUCUGGGGGCAGUUCUGAUCCAUGGACCAUCAAGGCAAGGCAUUUCGAGCGGGCACUGUCUAAGAUUUCUCCGUCGGUCUCAAAGAUGAAUAUACAGAUGUAUGAAAGACUCGCGAAGGAACUAAAGGCCGAAUGAGAUUAAACUCUAAUCGCCAUCUGAGUUCCUUAAGGUUGCAUUUCUUGAUGUUCAACUUCAGAGAAGCCAUCAUAUUGAAGAGAGCAGAAAUUCAGUGACAUAGAACACACACUCUCUGUCUCUAAUAUAUGAUCAGGAAAAUGGAUUCGACCGCUGAGUUUUGGGAAAUAAAAAAAUCUCGUGUGACUUUCAAGUUCGAGAAUCUCUUGCUGGCUCUGCUCUUUUUUUUUUGAUAACACCAGCUCUGCUCAUUUUUGGAUGUAAUUAACAGUCGUAGGAAGUGUAAAAUUAAGAACACACUGUUUCAUUAGCCGCUGUGAAAGAAAUGAUUUUAUUCAUAGCUUUUCAUAGGGUGCUGAAAUUACGUGCUGUUCUUUGUUUUUCCGCAUUCAAUUUAGUAUCUGCUGAGACAUAUGGUAGAUUCGGACAAGAGCCUAUGGUGUUACUUUUGGGACUCGAAAUGUGUCGAUAUUGUUUAGCGACCGAAGAUUUUGCAGGCCUCGAGGACUUGAGAUUACUGUUAAGCCAGUGCUUUGGUUCUCUGUAUUGUAUUUGGAUUUUCAUAUAUGAAGUUUAUUUUUUCUGCUU